ACCAGUAUAGCAUCAGAAAAGAUAUAAACACGAAGGACAUCCGUCAUACUCAUACUCGUGUUUCCUUCUCAUCGCCACACUCCAUCUCCUCUCAUCUUUUCUCAUCUCUCCAGCAGCUUCCUUUUCUUCCUCAACCACCCACAACUUUUUGUUCGACACAACACUAUUGUCCCUUUUUUUUGCUUCAACUAUCUCCUUCCAAAAACCCUUCACUUCAUCACUUACGCCAGGAUGCGUUCCAACCUCAUUUUCGCCCUUGUCACCGCCAUUGCGGCCAUCGGCCACGCGGCGCCGGCGCCUCAGGCCUCCGGCACGCCCCCCUCCGGCACCGGUCUCGCCCCGCCUCCCCAGGGCAAUGGGGCACCCCCGAGCGGCACCCCUCCCCCGCGCCCCUCCGGAACCUUCAAGCCCACCGGCCCGCCCCCCAGUGGCGCCCCGCCGAGCGGCACUCCACCGGCCCAGAACCGGCGCCGCGGGGGUAUCAUGAACCGUCGCCAGAACUCGGCCCUCCCGUCCCCGCCGAGCGGAGCCCCUCCCAGCGGCACUCCGCCCCCUCACCCGAGCGGCGUCGCUCAGCCAAGCGGUGGCCCCCGUGGAAACCUCGGUGCUCAGGAUGCCGGCGCCGCCCCUACCGGUGUUCCUCCCAGCGGCGCGCCUCCUUCUGGCGUUCGCCCGAGCGGCCCCCCUCCCUCUGGAGCUCCCCCGUCUGGAGCUCCUCCCAGCGAUGCUCCUGCUCCCACGGGUAACGCCAGGCGUGCUGAGCCCUCUGGCGUGAAGCCGUCAGGGGCUCCUCCAUCCGGGGCCCCUCCUUCAGGCACUCCUCCCUCUGGUCCCCGUCCUACGGGCGCUCACGCCGAGGGUGCUGCUCCUACUGGCCCUCCUCCUUCUGGCGCCCCGCCUUCUGGCGCUCCCCCCUCUGGUGCGCCCCCCUCUGGUGCCCCUCCCAGCGACGGUCCCAAGCCUACCAACGCCAAGCGCGCUGAUGGUGCUGCGCCUUCCGGCACCAGGCCGACUGGUGCUCCCCCUUCCGGCGCCCCUCCUUCCGGAGCUCCUCCUUCCGGCACUCCUCCCCCUCGUCCCAGCGGCGCUCAGGAAGAGGGUGCGCCCUCCGGUGUCCGUCCCAGCGGUCCUCCUCCAUCCGGUGCUCCUUCCGGCUCUCCUCCCUCUGGAGGUCCCCCUAGCGAUGUUCCCGCUCCCACCGGCAACGCCCGCCGCGCCGAAGACACCGCUCCUACUGGCACCAAGCCGACCGGCGCCCCUCCUUCCGGCGCCCCUCCUUCCGGCACCCCCCCUCCCCGUCCCAGCGGUGCUCAGGCCGAGGGUGCUGCUCCCUCUGGCAACCCCCCUCCCAAGCCUACUGGAACCCCCACCGGCCCUCCUCCCUCCGGCGCUCCCUCCGCUCCCGCUCAGCAGCAGCGCCGCGAGGAGUCUUCACGCCCUGCCCCUCCCGCUGGCACCCCGCCCUCUGGUGCUCCUCAUUCCGGCGCUCCCCCUUCUGGACCUCGCCCUACCGGUGCUCAGGCUGAGGGUGUCGCCCCCAGCGGUACUCCUCCCCCCAAGCCCACCGGUACUCCCACCGGCCCUCCUCCCUCGGGUGCUCCUCCCGCUCCUACCCAGAGCGCUUAAAUGCACGUAAAUCGACAAUGGGGUUGAUCUUUUGGCAUAACCCACGUAGAUACAGCGAACUUGAUACCAUCUUGAGUCCGGCUCGUCUUCCCAGUAGACGCU